AUGACACUUGCAAAGAAUAAACUGGACGAGCUGUGCUCUCAUGGGGACCUGUUAGAUAAAUACCAAGUUCGCCUCAAUGUUCUCGGGAAAACCGAGCUUCUGCCCCCCGACGUCUUGGAAGUUGUACAUCGAGCUGAGGCUAUGACUGCCAAGCACAAUGGUGCAAUCCUGAACAUAUGCAUGCCUUAUACGUCCCGCGAAGAAAUAACCUCGGCGGUAGAGUCAAUUGUGAGGUCUCACCAAAGUGGGGAGAUUGAACUAGAUGACAUAACCCCUGAAACCCUCGAAGCAAGACUGUACACGAAAUUAAGAGAUAGCCCAAAACUGGACAUCCUUGUAAGAACAAGCGGUGUUCAUCGACUGAGCGAUUUCUUGCUUUGGCAGGCAUGUGCGGACACGCAAAUACACUUUUCCAACGUCUACUGGCCGGAUUUUGCUCUCAGAGACCUCGUACCAGUAUUAUUAGACUACCAAAGGAAGCAAUGGGGCUUCUAA